AUGCUCCGUCACGCUGCCGUCCUCCUCAGUACCGCCCUUGUCGGCUUCGCUGCCCUUGUUCCUCGUCAAGCAGUCAUCACGACUGCCGUCUAUCCCGCGGGCGUCGCCUCGCAGCAACUCCGCUUCGAAUCCGGGAUCCCACUGGCGUGCUCUGACGGCUGUUACUACUUCUCCAUUCCAUACACCUAUUGCUUCCUGUACGAUAGGUACUUUGAUGGGUCCGCCAUUCCAGCCGGAAUGUGCGACUCCCUCUGCAGUCAACAAUACUACGACGGCCUAUCGCAAUGCCUCAAUUGUGUCGUAGCCAACGGCGGCGAGAGACCGCUCGGAUACUCAGCCAAUACCGCCCUCACGACCAAUGUCAUCCCCUCGUUUGUCAGCGGUGGCGAGAAUGUCAAGAACCUGGUUAACCCAAACGGCUUCCUCAAUUCCACUCAGGCGAACGGGUGGUUAGGAAACGUAACGAGCUUGUGUGCCUCCAAGGGCAAGGCAAUCGCUACGAGCUCUAGUAUCACUGCCACUGCUACCACUACCGGACCGUACGCAGCCACUUGGUUUCCCGGCCAAACCAUCGCUCGGACCACUUGGACUGGCCUCACGCAGUACGGCCCACCCACGGUCACCGUCACCGCGACGAGUGGUGCGGUACUUCCACUCGCGGUCUACUCGUCCGGUGCUGGACUGGUUACCAGCGGGGCUGCGGCGAGCCAGAGUAGCAGGGCAGCGGGGAUGAGCACAGUGGAGCGGGCGCCGUUGGGGUGGACUCUGGGUGGCGCACUCUUAGCCUGGGCUGUUUUGUGA